AUGGAGGCUGUUAGAGGCACCUCGUGCUUGCUCGUCAUCAGGCACCACGCGCGCUUGCGAUUGGGAUUGGCAUUGCCAUUAACAAGCCUCCAGAAAGCACCCCCCACGUCCCCACCCAAUGCAUCGUUCAUUUUGCAAGGUUAUAGAGGAGAUGACGCCGGGGCACGCCCUCUCGAGCGUCGUCUUCACGUCGUUGAUGAAGUCGUAGCCGAAGAUGCCACUGUUCUCCACCGCCGUCUUCUCCGGCAAGGCCCCACGCACGCCCGCAAGGACGUCCACCUGGCCUCCUUGCGCGCCAGGCUCGCGCAGCAGGGCAAGGCCGGCGUGGCGCUGCGCCUGCUCCUCGCCGCCGCGCUCGCUGGCUUCCUCCUUGUCUUCGCCGCGCGCACCCUGGUCACGUCGCCUGUCCCGUCAUCGCCCUCGUGCUUGUUGGAGCCGCAGCCGCUGGUGCACUACGCCACGUCCAACGCGACGCCGCAGCAGACGGCGGAGGAGAUCAGGGUGGCGCUGCGCGUGCUGCAGCGCCGCACGCCCUGCAACUUCCUGGUGUUCGGGCUGGGCCUCGACAGCCCCAUGUGGGCGGCGCUGAACCACGGGGGGCGGACCGUGUUCCUGGAGGAGGACGCGGCGUGGAUCGGUAGCGUGCGGGGCAGGCACCCGGCGCUGGAGUCCCACCACGUGGCCUACGACACGGCGCUGGCCGACGCCGACGCGCUGCUGGGGCUCCGCACCCACCCGGCCUGCGUCGCGCAGCCCGACCGAAGAGGCGUGAGGCGAGAGAGGCGAGAGCCGCGGCGCGUCUGCGAGUGA